GGAGCCAACCGAGGGCGUUCCUGUCGGGGCUGCAGCGGCGGGAGGUAAGGCAUGGCCAGGCCGGCUGGGCUGCAGAGCGCCGGCACGGGUCCACGCCUCGGGUGACGGGCUUCCAGGAUGUUCGGGCGCGGGGCGGCCCAUCCGCAUCCCCCAACACCCCCACCUCCGGCCUGAGCCUCCCAGCGCCGUGGGAACCACCUCCUGUCCGCUGUUGCUGGCCCGCAUCCUAGCAGCGGCCUGACGCCCUCCCCACCCUGGCAUGCCCCCUUGACCUGGGACGAUGAGCAUACGACUGGGUAAGGGCAAGCUCGAUGCCCCGUGCCCUACGGACACGGGGGUAGGUCGUUCAUACCUUGCCCUCUGAUACAGACUCAAGCGAACCUGGGUCGCGGACCUUGGGCCAUCAGCGUGCAAACUGCCCCAGGACGAUCUCUUUGCUUCUGUCGAUGGGGACUGACCCUCUCCACCUCUGCCUGUCAGCUCAGGCCAGGAGGGGAGGGACCUGGGCGGAGCCCCGGGUGGAGACAAGAGGAAGCUGACAUCAUCUUGAAGAUACAAUCCAGCUUUACCCACUCGUGUCCACCCUGGCACACGAGACAGAUGGGGGAGAGGGUGUUUGGGCUGUAUGUCUGAGGUGACACCAGGGACAAGGGCAUAGAACUCAGGCAUGGAGCCCAUCGCUUGAAGUGGAAUUGGACCAGGAUGGAAGCGGGCUCUUUCAGAUGCUCCCAUCUCACCCCUGGCUGCAGUGCAGGGAGCCCAGUGGAGGCGCCCUCCCGAAGCGCCACUGCCCAUGCUGACCACCCAGCCCUCCGGCUGCUGAUGUCAUGAGUAACACCACUGUGCCCAAUGCCCCCCAGGCCAACAGCGACUCCAUGGUGGGCUAUGUGUUGGGGCCCUUCUUCCUCAUCACCCUGGUCGGGGUGGUGGUGGCUGUGGUAAUGUAUGUACAGAAGAAAAAGCGGGUGGACCGGCUGCGCCAUCACCUGCUCCCCAUGUACAGCUAUGACCCAGCUGAGGAACUGCAUGAGGCUGAGCAGGAGCUGCUCUCUGACAUGGGAGACCCCAAGGUGGUACAUGGCUGGCAGAGUGGCUACCAGCACAAGCGGAUGCCGCUGCUGGAUGUCAAGACGUGACCUGACCCCCUUGCCCCACCCUUCAGAGCCUGGGGUCCUGCCAUCUGCUUCCCCUGCUGUCACCUGGCUCCCCCUGCUGGGUGCUGGGUCUCCAUUUCUCCCUCCACCCACCCUCAGCAGCAUCUGCUUCCCAUGCCCUCACCAUCACCUCACUGCCCCCAGGCCUUCUGCCCUUUGUGGGUGUUGAGCUCACCGCCCACCCACAGGCACUCAUGGGAAGAGGCUUUCCUUCUGGGAUGGGGGCGGCUGGUAGACACCUUUGCUUUCUCUAGCCCUCCUGGGCUUGGCUUGGGCAUAAAUCCCCAGGCAGGCUUUGGAGUUGUUUCCAUGGUGAUGGGGCCAGAUGUAUAGUAUUCAGUAUAUAUUUUGUAAAUAAAAUGUUUUGUGGCUA